UUCUUUCUCCUUUUCAUGGGUAAUUACUUCAGUGCUUUCAUCUGCAGUUCAUCUCAUACUACCGGUGCCGGGAAAGUAAUUCUCUUGGAUGGUUCGGUCCAGGAGUUCAGCUCGCCGUUGAGGGCGGCGGAGCUGAUGCUAGAGCAUCCGCAACAGGUGGUGGCGGAGUUCCACACGGCGGUUAAUGGCAAGAAGCCGAUUCCAUUGCCGGCCGACCAGAAACUGGACGAGAAAAAGGUUUACGUAAUGCUGCCAUUUAAUCGAGGGAAACCGACCACGUUUUCAUCGGAUGGUGCUCGUCGCGUACUAGUGAGUGCUAACUCUGUGUUGAGAUCGAAGCGGCUUGUAUCGUCUUCUAGACUCUUUCCUUUGCUUGCCAGGAUUUGCCCCGCAAAUCAUAUGCGAGAGAUGGAACAAAAAUCACCGUUGCAGGAGAAGGGAAACGUCGGCGAAAGGGCGGAAGAAGUCGGUUGUUCGAUGGAGUUAGUGCCGGAGAGUAUGGAAGGUUUAGGAGAGUAUUUGAAGCGGCAAUAUUCAGGCAAGGGAUGGAAACCAAGCUUGGACACGAUAAAAGAGAAGAAGAUUGAGAGAAAGGUAUCCCAUUGGUUGUAUUAAUUGCGUCAUCCAUUU